GGGGGGAUGCUUACUGUCUACUGUCUAGGGCGCCGACGUAGUUCUAUAAAUAGCAUCGGGACGCUCGGUGUCGAUUGUGGUACCCAAUAGAACCAAAGACCCGCUAAAUCCACAGGCUAAAUCGUCGCGGCGAAAUUAGAGCUCGUCGUAGACACCGCGAUUAUAUCCGGUGGGUCCAAAUACUUUCUAUAAAAUACACAUAAAAAUUGGUCAAUCCGAGGGGACAAGGAUCAGAAAUAGUGUCGGAAGAGUGAAUAUCUUUUAAUAAAUGCCGUGCUUUCUCUCACUUUCCAAUGUGGUGGUGUUGGUCUACAACCACAUCGUUCGUAGGGGUGACAUACUAUAUCGGCUGCAGUACUAACGAUCAGUGGCCUAUUAAAACAUAUAAAAUAUUUAUUACCUUCAUCCAGGUAUAAUGUACAGAUAUUCCGAUGGACCUGAACGUCAAUACUCUGCGAAGAGUAGUUCCUUGAAACUGUAAUUACGGAAGAGACGAUAAAACGAGCGACGACCAGCCUUGAAUUUAUCCGAAAUUUACCUAAAGCUCGGCUUAUCGACGCUAAAUAAAAAAGGUGAGCUUUCGAUUUGCCACCACUGGUUUUUGCCGGUAAAAUAAACACCUCCUACCCGGGUGUAAAUGAUACCACAUGCUGCUUCUGCAAUUGGUUCAUUUUAUAAUAUGAAUAUGGGCGAUUAGAGAAAAGGACUCCCAAAUUCCGAAAUUGACAUCAUGGCAUUGGUGAUGCUUCCCUGUGAUUUGCCUUGGUGGCCUUCAGUCGUGAAACAACUGGACCAAGCAGCGGCUGCAACAAACUCUCAGCAACUUUUAGAAGCAAUGUAUCGGUUACACGAUAUGUGCAACAUAAGUCUCGACCCAGAGGAAGAUGUUCAGGACCCAAACUUAUUUGCCGAAUUGGCAAGGUUCUUGGACGAAGACUUCACUUCAGGGGAAAGGGAACAAUUCUUCACAAAAACAAUUCCAAAGGUAGUACAACAUGCCAAGUCUCUCAAAUCUACAAAACCUCCGGAAGGACUUCAUUUUAGCCUGCAGCAACAAACCGAUAGUGCAGAGUACAGCUACAACUUUGUUUCAUCCCUGAUAGCAAAUGCAUUUUUUUCAACAUAUCCCAAAAGAACGAGAAAAACUCAUCCUACGCUGCAAGAUUUCAACUUCACUAAUUUCUUCAAAUAUCUUCACAUGAAUAGUCAGAAGGCAAAAUUGAGAAGCAUAUUUGCCUACUUUAAUUUCUUGAGCGAGGACACGUCAUUGGAUGGACAAUUAAUAAUUUCCAGACAGGUGAUGUCGUCAAAACAGUGGUUGACAAUAGAAGAUUGGCUCGAGAGUAGCAUCCCUCUUUGUCCUCUCACUAUUCGCCAUGAAGGAAGGGUGGAAAGGGCUGAAGCUCACUUACUGCAUGUAUGCUUCACUAGUUCAAGGCUAGGUGGUGGAGUAUUGAGCAGCGAAAUUACACAAGAAAGCAUCCAAAUGGCAACGCAUCCUGAGCUGUUGGCUGCAUUACUCUCUGUUGAAGCAUUAGAAGACAAUGAGGUCUUGAUCAUAGAAGGUGCCAGAAAUAUUUCCAGGAUAAUUGAUCCAAAACAUAGAUCUACUUUUGAAAGUAUACCAAAACCAAAAACAGUAACAAUAUGCUGUAUGGAUGCCGAAGACUAUUCUACGCUGCCCCUUGCACAAUAUGAGGAAGACAAUGUGCUGCGAGAAAUGAACAAAUCGUUGUUGGGAUUCAGGCAAAGGCAUGUCCCUAUCAGCCCAACGAAUCCUGUCAAAUUGGAGCCAGAUCCAGGUGCUCGGCGGUUGUCACCGAUUGGAGAAAGUUUCAGUAGCACCCCGCCAGAGGCCGAGGAAAAGUCAAUCGCAACAAUUAAUUAUAACAUUAAAGCAUCGACAAAAGAGAUAAACGGUUCCGACGGUGUGGAAAUGAGAACAAAACCAAAUGGUAAAUCAGUCGAAUCGCUAAGUCCAGCAAAAACUACAGGCUGUUCCAAUAAAAGAGGCCGAUUCAUAGUUCUUGGCUCAAGUGGAGAAGUUUUGCCUGUUACCAGAAAGUCCUUAGGGCAGGUGUCUGUCUACAGCAGUUGCAAUAGCCAAAGCACUGACAGCUUCCAUAGCGCGAAAGAAUCUGUCGACGAGGAUCAAGAAGAUGAAGAGCAAAAGCUCACUAGGCUUUAUAGCGCACAGUUAGAUUCGUUCGAACGACGAGGGACUUUUGCUCAGAGACUGAAGGAUGCUUUGAGGCGAGAAAGUACAGCAACCGGAACAACGUCUUCAAUUUCUUCUGCAGGCAGCAGUUAUGCGGUUGGAAUAAGCGUGACCGGAAGUCAUGUCGGUGAUCCAGAUAUUAAAGUGAGGAGAGGGGGAUCCAGAGGAUUUGUUUUAAGAGAUGAUACGGUGGAUGAAGAAUUUCUAAAGGAAUCGUUGGAAGCUGAGCAAAAGUGGCUUGGAAGAUUCAAGCAAAGUCAACAUCCGAUGCUGCAAAGACGCGAUACCAACGCGAGCAGCAAGUACAGUUUUAGUACGGAAUACAGCUCAGAAUUUUCUUCAGAACUUGAAGAAGUCUACGAGCAAUUAUCUAAGUGGCUGGAGGAUCCUAUAGUUGCUGACGAAAGCCGUGAAUUAGAUGCAAGAGAUAGAGCUGUGGUAAGAUUUGCUGGUUCGCUUUUAAAGAGAGCGUUGAGCGAGUCGUUUGCAGGCGUUCCUGUCCAAGAGGGAGAACCUCAAGCUUUAAUUGGCACCGAGGAGGUUCAAGAACGUCAUAAGCUGGCAUUAGCAGUCAGAAGCCUGAGCUUAGAGCUUGCGCGGCACAAGCAUAAAAGACAGCAUUCGGUUCCCGAAGGUGAGUACAAGAAUUAUGAAGAUGCUCUGAGUGAAGAUCCUGCUGUAGCCAGAGAUGUUAAAUCGACACAACGCAGAAAUCUCUGGGUCAUUUCUUUCACGUCUGAAGUGAGACAGACUCUGACCGAUGACGUGGCUACGAUUUCGCUGCCGCAAGGUUUACCGUUGACCGAUACAGAAACAAUAACAACAAUAACACAGGAUAACAAGUGGUCAAAAAGUUUUGCUGAACUUCUACCCCACAAUUUUCCAAGAGUUGCGAUUGCAAAGGAAGAUAAGAGGAUGCUGCACUGGAGCGAAUUAGCGACAUCAAUAGCCGAUGUCUCUCAAGAAAGCAGCCCUCAGGCCGGUGGCUUAUUGCCAGUAGUAACUGGGAACUGGGGUUGCGGUUCACGACUGAAAGGCGAUCAUCAACUAAAACUAGCGAUACAGUGGCUGGCAGCUUCUCUCGCUGGUGUGCCCAGACUGAUUUACUACACAUCUGGCCAUCCCAGUCUGUCCAAGCUCGAUACGGUGAGCAGGGUAUUGGUGGACAGGCAUUGGACAGUCGGAGAUUUGGCGACAGCAGUGAUGCGGUUUGCAGUUAAAACCAUUGAAGAGAGAAUCGAGGGAAGAAACAGUCUUUUCGAAGAAUUAAUUGGAAUGGAUAAGCCUAGUCCUUAGCCCAACACUAUGCUGGCCCUUCUGGUUAACAUCCUAGCAACUAUGAUUGAGGACAGUUUGAAAAUUCAAUGAAUUUCCGGUACGAUAUCAACAGAUAACUGUAAUGAAGAUUAGAGUUGAAUUGAAACUAAGAAUGAAAAGAGGAAAAAAAUAGAACAAAAUGAUCGUAUAAAGCUUCAACUAGCUUGGCUACAGGCAGUGACUUUCAACUUCAUGAUCACUGAAUUAGUUCUAGACGCUAUCUAAAAUGAAUAAUUACUUUUUUCUUUUAUUCGUUUUUUUCUCAUAAAUGAUCAUUUGCAAUGAAGUUCAUCCAGUACCGAGGUACGCUGAAUACUCAAGCCGUUUCAAGUAUUGAUGUCAGUUUUAUGAAAUCGGACAUCGGACAACACGUCACAUCAUACGCUACGAGCCCAAGUCAGAUUGAGAUAGAAGCUCGUAAUCAUCAUCGUCAACGAAACCGCUGUGGGCUCGAGUCUGUAUACGAGAUUAUCUUGUAUUUCGGAACAAAGUUUGUCAGUGAACAAUAAACCAAGUUGGAAGUUGCGGUAAUGACAUCUUGUGAGUCCACAGUAUGCAAUAAUUAAAGAGUCAUAACAUAGAUAUACCAAGUACUAUACAUAUAUUUUGUACAGUAAUAUUUACAAUAAAUGAAUGCGUGAAUAGAAAGGAGAUGUAUGAAAAUAAGAAAGUGAUCAGAUACUUUGGUAGAAACUUUUAAUUGCGGAAGUUUUAGAGUUACAUUUAGUAAAUCUUUCAAACAAAACUAACAAAUCGAUACCCAUAUUUAUAUCAAGUGUUUACAAAGUCUACCUUUGGAGAUUAGAAUAAAAAAUAAUAAAACUAAAUUGAAUUGACGGAAAAAUACAGAUAUCGGUCGAGUUCAUGAAACUAAAUAAGUAUUGGAUGAUAUCCUGAUGAUUGAACUAACGUCUUCCAUUUUAAUAUUCGGAUGCAUGUAAAUGCAAUUGUCAACAAAAUGAAUUGCCAGCUGCUUUCUAAAAUCGCGAAGCAAAGUCAUUUGAAAAUGUUGACAAAAAGUAAAUAAAAAAAAAACUAAAAACUAAACAUUACUAACCACGAUAUCAAUAAAAAUGUAACAUACCAUUAAAUGAAUACCUCCUGCUGGCAUUAGCAAUGAAUUUAUAUUGCAUUUGAGUUGGUGAUUAAAUCUGAUCAAUGUUUAUAGUUCACCAAAAAAAAUUCAGUACGUGAUGGAAGUACUUUGGGAUUAUUAUUCGCGUUUGACAUAUCCAAUUUAUUUAAAUAUUUAUACUAUUAUUCUUUCAAAAAAUAAUAAUCAAAAUUGAUAUCGGAA